AGUCUAGAGACAUUUUCAACGACUAGAUUCAGCAGAGAUAACCGAAUGUUCAGAAUCAAAUUGCAAAGAAACAGAGAAGAGAGAGAGAGAGAGAGAGAUGCCUUCAAGACAAAACCCAAUCCUCCGACCAAAACCAUUCAACAACAACAGAACAAGAGCUCUCUUCUUGAUCCUCACAGUCUCAUCCUCUCUCCUCAUCUUCUUCGCACUCAUCUACUUCAUCUACCACCUCUGGUCAUCUCUCCUCAACCGCUGCUCAAGAACCAUCCCUUUCUUCGACGUCGCCGCCGACGCCUCCUCCUCGUCGUCACCGUCGUCAAAGCUCCAGCUCUUCUCUUACAAAGAGCUCAAGCUAGCGACCAACGACUUCGACGAAGCCAACGUGAUCGGCAAGGGCGGCUCGGGGACAGUCUUCAGAGGCAUCACGAGAGACGGGAAGCUCUUCGCGGUGAAGAGACUCGACAGCCUCUCUCUCCAGUCAGAGGCCGAGUUUCAGAACGAGCUGCAGAUCCUGGGAGGGCUAAAAUCGUCUUUUCUCGUGACCCUUUUGGGCUACUGCUUCGACGAGAAGGAUCACCACCACCACAGGUUCUUGGUUUACGAGUAUAUGCCCAACAAGAGUCUCCAAGAGCUUCUUUUUAAUGAAGAUGGUGGUGGCUCGUGCUUGAGCUGGGAGAGGAGGUUUAGUAUCGUUCUCGACGUUGCGAAAGCGCUCGAGUUUAUGCAUUUCGGGUGUGACCCACCGGUGAUUCAUGGAGAUAUUAAGCCGAGUAAUGUCCUUCUUGAUUGUGAGUUUAGGGCAAAGAUCUCGGACUUUGGUUUGUCUAGAGUGAAAGUGGAGGAGGAAGGAGGUUAUGGGGUUGGUGUUGAUCUGUUCAGUCAAGAGCUUUCUGAGAGCACUCCUCAGACAGGCGUUGGUACUCCAACGCAUCAUCAUGAGGUUGUUGAUUUCUCUCUUGCUCUGCAAGCUUCCUCGUCUUCCAAGAACAGCAGGACGAGCCGUAACAUCAAGGCGAUGAACUUAGCUAUGGAGGAAGGCGAGGGGAGAGGAAAAGAGGUUGAGGAGAAUGAGGAGAUGAAUGUGAGUCCUAACUCGGUUCUUGAUUUGGGGAAGCAAUGGGGGAGAGAUUGGUGGUGGAAGCAAGAGGGAAGUGGUGAGUUGUGUAGUAAAGAUUACGUCAGGGAAUGGAUAGGGAGUCAGAUUCACAACAACACCGAGGAGAAUCCGGAUUGGGAUAAUGAUGAGAAGAAGAUCACCAUUAGCACUACUCCUGAGCUGGGAGUUUCUACUAGGACAGUAGAUAAAGCAGAGUCUGGUCUGAAUGAAUCUAGGUUUGAUACUCUGCAAGAGAAGUUUGCAGAGGAAGAGACACACAAAAAAUCGAAAAAGCAUAGGAACAUGGAGGAAUGGUGGAAAGAGGAAGAACAUAACAACAAAAACAAGAUCAGAGUCUUGAGAGUCAAGUUCAAGAACCGUCUAAGAGUCCCACAUUUUCGUUACUGCUUCCACGGUAAAGGCGAAAACACCGUGGAAGACCGAGGAGAAGGAGGAGAAGCAGCUGCUGGAGAGUUCAGCUUCAGAAGAGGAUGGAGAAGGAAAAGCAGCAGCAGCAGCAACAACAAGAACAAGAAGAAGAACAAAUCAAUAGGGAGCGAGAUGUGGAGUGGAGACUUGUUCAGCAGAGAGCUAAGCAGCACUACGAGCAUGAGAGGGACAUUGUGUUACAUAGCGCCAGAGUACGGAGGAGGAGGUUGCUGUUACUUGAUGGAGAAAGGAGAUAUCUACAGCUUCGGAGUACUGAUUCUAGUGAUCAUCUCAGGUAGGAGGCCUUUGCACGUCCUUGCAUCGCCGAUGAAGCUUGAGAAAGCCAACUUGGUGAGCUGGUGUAGGCAGUUGGCUCAGUCAGGGAACGUUCUUGAGCUGGUGGACGAGAGAUUGAAGGAUUUGUAUAACAAGGAAGAAGCAGGACUGUGCAUUAACUUGGCUUUGGCUUGUCUGCAGAAAGCGCCUGAGUUAAGGCCUGAUAUUAGUGAAGUUGUGAGGAUCUUGAGAGGUGAAAUGGAGAUUUCAGCAGCUGCUUUCGAGUUUUCGCCAUCGCCUCCUGCAAAAAUUUAUGGCAGUAGAUCAAAGCGGAGAAGCUAAAACAGAGAGAGCAUUGCAGAGUAUUAUUAGUUCUGAUUUUUAUGUUGGUGUUUCCUUUCUGAAAAUUGUUUGAGUGUAACUUAAAAAGAGGGUUCUAUUGAGAAUUGUGCUAUGUUGUAAUGUUUGUAAACUCCAUCAAAACGCAGAAGAAUGUAUAUCAAAAUCAUAGUUCAGCUGCAGUUUCUAA